GAACCGGUCAUGCCCGCCGAGUCCAGGUUCAUCUGCGAGUGAGAUUACUACCGUACUUGCGACAAUUCUAUACGUCUCUCUAAAUUGCUACUUGCUACUUGACACUACCAUCUUCAUAUCGAAUACCUCUGCCAGACGUACUGGCCGGAAACUCUGCCGGUAUAAUAGGAUCGUUGUCAUCGGGAUCUCGAGCUUCGAAUGAACCCGCAAGAUGAGCACUUCGCGACCUACGAUUGAACAAACGAAACAACCAGAGGAGGAUCAGUCGGAUUCUGGAUCUGCACCUCGGAAACGAAAGAGGGCUCACUAUAGCUGUGUUGAGUGUUCGAAGCGGAAAGCCAAGUGUGACAGGGCGUUACCAUGUGCGGGAUGUGUUUCGAGACGGAUACCAGGGUUAUGCAAGUAUCUAGUAGCCGGCUAUGAAGAUCCGUUGAAACAGACGGAUGAGAUCAAGUCCAAGUUGGAUCAAAAUCUAGAAGUCUCCACCGAUAUUCAAGCUCGACUGGCCAGGCUUGAACACCUUCUUGCGACUUCCCAAUCUCGAGCUCGUUCUCCACCUCGCAAACAAGCACAACAGCUAGACACCUCUCCUCGGCUGCACAACCCAUAUCAAAGAUACGAGUUUCACUUCGAGACGGAAACAGAACCAGGACCGGGUUUGAAAGGACGGAUCACUCAAGGGAGUUAUUUUGGAACGUCGGCUAUGGCUACAGUGGAACAGCCUGGUCCUCUUGAUCCCGGUGACCACAGCUCAGCGGAGAAUUCGAUCCAUGGCCACGAGGUGAUCAAGCAGAUUGUGGAAAGGCUGCCACGAUACGAGGAGAUGGAAGGGCUUAUCGGGCAUUACUUCGAGGCCAUCAACCUUACGAGAUGUCCCAUUCGAGAGAUCCCGUUCAGGGAACACUUCGACAAUCUCAUCUCAAACCUUCCCAAUCCGAAUCCUACCGAUACCGCCUUCCUUCCCUUACUUCUCAUCGUCCUCGCCAUCUCUCGGCUUAAUCACUCGGACCGAAGAAGUCUAGACAACAGCCAUCAUAAUCUCCGCCCGGAAUCGCUAUACUCUGCUUCGAGGCACGCACAGACAUUUCUCGAUACGAUGGCUAAACCACCGGUAUCACUAUACAUGGUCAUGGCCGAGUUCUUGACGGCGAGAUACUUGAUCCUGGUCCAUCGAGCGUCUGAUGCCUAUAUCGUACUCGGGUCGGCCAUCUCGAGGGCGCAAUCGCAAGGGUUGCAUCGAGACGGUCGGGCUAUGGAUCAUGUUGUGGAUAUGGUCCAGGAAGAGGAUAGAAGGCGGGUCUGGCAAUGUGAGCAUGUCGUUUGCCAGAGCUUCGGCCCAUUUCGAGCUGAAAUCCGCUUGGCUAUAGAUAUAUAUCAUCUGGACAGGUAUCUGGGACUGCUUGUAGGGAGACCUAGCCGGAUCCAAGAUGAAGAUUGCGACGUCCAGCCUCCUUCUACCGACGUCAUGCAAGCACACGUUUCGUGGGGAUUCACCUGCACGAUAGACGACGUCGAAUCCACACUCCGCUUCAUCCUCCUUCGAACAUCGAUGGCUCGGAUCAUGGCUCGGCUGUCCAAAGAAGCUUUCGGGAUGAAACCAGCCUCAUUUGCGAAGACGUUGGAACUCGAUCGGCUGCUGGUCUCCUGGGCUGCUGAGCUACCUGAAGACUUUCGGAUAUUAUCGCGAGAGGACCGUUCAGCAAGACAACAUUUCGAUCAACACGUCGAUAUGCACUCGACGCACCGGUUCUUGCUCUCGGCAGAAUACCAUUACAGCAGGAUUACGCUACAUCGACCGUUUCUGCUGUCCAGCUUCAAGCAACCUGGUGAAGUCGGAAUCACAUAUAGGGAGAGCUUGGAAGCGUGUUAUCGUAGCGCGAUGGACGAUCUUUGGGCGAGGGCGAUGCAUGCGCAGAGAGGGAUGGCCAAGCUUUCUGGAGGGACAUACAGAAUUACCACGUGUGCCGUCAUACUAGGAGUGAUCAUGCUAAUCGACCCAUCAAGGGAAAGACUGAGCUCGAUUCGGGACUGCUUGGCAACCUUUGUUGCGGCACGCCGGGAAGAUGAGGUAUUGGACGAAACGGGGAUCCAGGGGUUCGCAUUGCUAGAGGUAAUCCAGGCCAAGGCUGAGACAGGAUCCCUCGGUAGUCAAUUCGCUACUCCGUCAUCGGAAAGUAGAGCAAUGGCUGGCCCAAGCACUUCGACAAAUCCUGGCAUGAUGCCAGCACCAGCGCUGGGUGACGCGCCUUUCCAAUCAUGGAACGGUCCCUCAGCUGUUGAGUCUCAACCGAAUCAGUGGACCGAGAGCUUUUCUGCUUCCGACUUCCAGCUUUUCGAAGCGCUGAUGGCACAUUUCAAUGGAAACGGUUCAUGAACGGAAAUUAUCCCUAAACCAGAAUUGAUGGAGAGUGUCGACUUCGAACGACGCUUCUAUUGGAAGGGGUCGACUCUUCGAUGCAAGAUGAAAUAACUGGCCGCGGGGGUCUUAAAGCCUAUUUUGUGCGUCUGUAAUGGUAUAUGCCGUAUGACCUCCGGCUGGUUCGCGUAGCG